AGGUGGGGAAGGAGACACCCAUUUGUAAGAUAUGGACUUCCGAUGAUAUCUCUUACUGUAUUUGGAGCCCUCGGACUCGGCCAGCUCCUUCAAGGCAGUAAGGAUAUCGCAAAGGUAAAAGAUGACCAAGAAUGGGAGAUUAUAGAGACAAGAAAGGCGCUUUCGAGAACAGGACCUGUUGAUGCUUAUAAACCUAAAAACACAUCCAUCGAAGAUGAGCUUAAGGCUAUGCAAGAGAAGGUGGACAUUAACGCGUAUGAGUAC